AAUACAGUAUGUACUACAAUCAAUAAAAUUUAAAGUUUGCUUUCAUAAUGGAUUUGUAUUCUGAUAUUAAAAAGUUAACACAAAUACCUCAGGCAGAUGAAAAUGUUGUAUUUAUUCGUCGAAAAGAAUCUUAUGCACUUAAACAAAAUCAGAAAUUGAAGAACCUUAAAUCUCCACCAAAUGAAAAUCUAUAUGAUCUAGAUGAUAGUCAGAGUUAUGAUAAGUCUCUGAAGUGUUCCUUACAUGAAAAUGAAAUUGCAUCUUCUAUACAUGAAGCUAAUUGUGGUAUUAGUUACGCAAAUGAAAACAUUGAAAAACAUUGGAAAAAUAGGCAAAUGAAAACUAAUUCUAAUUCUAAGGAUAAUAUUUUUCCAGAAACUUUAGUACCUAAUAAUUGCCAUGAAAAUUCCUCUACAGAAGUUUGUAAUACAAUAUCUAUGUUAAGAACUAAUGAAAACAAAAGAACAGAAGAUGCAGAAGAUAUUUUAAAAAAGUGUGGACUUAAUAGAAAUGCACUAAUUAAAGGACUGCUAAACAACCACAUAAUAUCAGUUAAAGAUUUGGAUAUACCAAAUGACUAUACAGAUGUAAAAAGUAAAAAAUGUAUCAACGUACAGAAAGAAAACGUUCCAUCUGAAAACACUUUAUAUCAAGAAGAUUGUAUGAAAUUAGUUCAGUGUCCAGAAGAUCCAGAAGUAUUUGUUCAAUCUUUACAAGUUCAUGGUCAUAUAGAUGAAAGUAAAUAUAAAAAUAUUGACUUUACUGUACCACACAUAGGUAAAAAGAAUAUAGUUACACCACGACAAUAUUUCAUUAAUACGGAUUCUAAUUUUGACUUUAUAAAAAAGAAUGUAGAGAACUAA